AUGGUCAAUCCUUCCCUAGUAGUCAAUCCCAUACCACUAGUCAAUCCUACUCCAAUAGUCAGUCUUAAUCCACUAGUCAACCCAACUCCACUAGUCAAUCCGACACUAACAGUCAAUCCUUAUCCACUAGUCAACCCUGCUCUAUUAGUCAAUCCUAAUUCAGUAUUCCAUCCUACUCCAAUUUUGAAUCCUACCACACAAGUCAAUCCUACUCCACUACUCAAUCCUACCCCUCAAGUCAAUUAUUAUCCACAAGUCGAUCUGACCACAAUAGUCAACCUUAUCCCACUGAUUAAUUCUACUCCACUAGUCAAUCCUCCUACACCAGUCAAUCCAACCAAACAAGUCAAUCCUACCCAACAAAUUAAUAUUACCCCACCAGUCAAUCCUACCCAAAAAGUCAAUUCGACUGCAAUAGAUAAUCCUAAUCCAAUAGUCAAUCAUAUUCUAAUAGUCAAUCAUACUCCACUUGUAAAUCCUACUUCACUAGUCAAUCUUACUCCAGUAGUCAGUCCUACCCCACAAGUCAAUCCUAUUGCACUAGUCAAUCCUACUCUAAUAGCCAAUCAGACUCCACAAGUCAAUUUUAAUCCACUGGUCAAUCCUACUCCACUAGAUAAUACUACUCCAGUAGUAAAUCCAACCACACAAGUCAAUCCUACUCCACUAGUCAAUCCUUCCCAAUAG